AUGCCACCUUAUCUCCCCACACCCGAGGAGCUUGAUCGAAUGAACAACGAGUGGGUUGAACCAUAUGACCCCGAGAAUGGCCCAAAAAAUAUCGAGGACGGAAUCUAUGAGACUACUGUACGUGGUCAAGAUACUCAAGGAAGUUACUGGUACCAUUUGCCCCCUGGCUACAAUACCAACACCACCCAGACUUAUCCGGUAUUGAUCUGGCUACAUGGGGGCAUGUCCCGCGCAACGCUGCCAGUGGGCUGGUACUUGAAUUCGAUCGAUGGAAAAUUCCCGAUCGAGGAUGUGGUGAUUCAGAACUUCAUUCCGCAUAUCGACUCCACCUUCCGUACCAAUGGAAAGCGCGGAAUCGAAGGAUUCUCCAUGGGUGGAUACGGUGCUGCGCAUCUAGAUUGCCGCUACAAUGAACUGUUUCAUGGAGUCUCUCCAAUUGCACCAGCAAUUUUGCCUUCACUGGAUAAUGAACCGAAGGAGAGAGUUUGGGAUACAUUUCGCGGAGAUCAGGGAUAUUACGAUCUCAAUCACCCAGCACAUUUGCUGAGAGAGAAGAAGGAACAAGUUAAAUCAGCAACCAUUCGAGUACGUCUCUUAUCUGGAGGAGAUGACACUCGACUCACCGAGGCUAUUCAACUGUUGAGUAAAUUGAUGGCCGAUGCCGGCGUGGAGCACUACCGGAAGGAUGUCUUGGGUGCAGGCCAUGAAUAUGACUUGAUUUUACAAGGACUCGGGGAUGACGCAUAUGGAUUUUGGAAGGAUGCAUUUGAAUAG